CCGGGGUUUGUUGCAGCUGUUGCAGACGGUGUAACAUGUUGAACUUGACCCAAGAAGAAGCUGUCGAGUGUCAAUACCUUACACGUCACUUCACACUUGUUCACUUCGCAGCAGCAGCUUUAACAUUUCAAUCAGAUUCAAUUUAAUUCAACUAGUCUAAAUUCAGUUGCUGAGUGAGUUGGCACUCUUGGCACACAUUAAUAUGAACGUUGGUUGCAAGUUUUUGAUUAGAAGAAAGAGCUGAGAACAUUAUGGAGACAACUUCACUUGCUUGUGCUAAAUGCAAUCAUGUUGCAAUGGAUCUUUCUGAUUUUAAGAGACAUAAAGUAAAUAUGCAUGAAAUCAUCAUGUAUCGAUGUGACCAGUGUAAAUUUAGAGCUACAUUAAGAAAGGAUUUUAAGAAACAUAUGAAGAAACAUUCAGUGGAUAAAUAUCAAUGUGACAAGUGUGAAUAUGCAGCAACUUCAAUAGGUAGACUGAAGACGCACAGAGAAACCUGGCAUGGAGUUAAAUGCAAAUGUGAUCUGUGUGACUUUGAAGCAACAUUAAGAACAGAUUUAAAGAAACAUAUUGAGAAUAGUCAUGCUGAACAUCCAUGUGACCAGUGUGACUUUUCAGCAACUACAACUCCUAAACUAAAGUUACACAGAGAAACUGUCCAUGAAGGAAUUCAAUACUCAUGUGAUCAAUGUGUAUUUGUAGCAAAAACAUUAAAAAGUUUAAAUAUACACAAAAAGAUUCAUAAUGAACCAAAGCCUAAAAAAAUUGAAGAAAAAAAUACCUGUCAUAUUUGCGAGAAAUCAUUAUCAUCCCCUAUUUCAUUAAAAAAUCACAUUAGAACACAUACAGGAGAAAAACCUUUUUCGUGUGAUAUUUGUAGAACAGCAUUUUCAGUGAAAAUAAAAUUGGCACAGCACAUGAUGAUUCACAGAGGGGAGAAACCAUUUACCUGUUCCAUAUGUGAUAAAUAUUUCUUUGAGUCUAGCCGUUUGUCUAGUCACAUGAGAACUCAUACAGGAGAGAAGCCUUUUAAGUGUAUAAUAUGUGAGAAAUCUUUCGGGCAAUCCAGUGGGUUAAACACUCAUAUGAAAUCCCAUUCUGGCGAAAAACUCUACACCUGCUCUUUUUGCGAGAAAUCUUUUUCCACAGGGGGUGGUGUAAAAUCCCAUGAGAAGAUUCAUACUGGAGUAAAACCCCACAAGUGUGCCAUCUGUUUGAAAGAAUUUCGGUUUUCUAGCAAUUUGGAUAAUCAUAUGAAAAUCCAUACUGGGGAGAAACCACACAUUUGCUUGAUAUGUAAUAAAUCUUUUUCAUUAUCAGGUCAUUUGUCAAAUCAUAUAAAAACUCAUAAAGAAGAAACUCUAUGAACUUUUUCUGUUUCAGUAAAUCAUUUUCACAAUAAAAAGCUUUUCCAAAGCACAUAGCAACCUAAACCUACAUAAAUGCACAAAAUUAUUUUCAUUUAGUUGAGAUUUUUCAACCAAUCACAAAAAAACUUAAAAUUAAUAUAAAAUUUAAUAUUUUAUUUCUUUAUAUUGCUAGCUGCCUUUUUGUAG